AUGCAUAGAUCAUCCGCUGGGACUAGUGCGAAAACCCAGCAUCAUAAAGGCAAUAACUAUUUGCUUUGCAUAAGUUUUUAACAGACGCAUUUGAGAAACAAUAAACUAGCCGCGCUCUAUAAAAACCGAUAGAUCCCACAGUUCGUCUGCCAGUCAGAGUCAAGAUGCUAGUUAGAACUAAACUGAUUAUUCUGCUCUAUUUGUGCCUCGUGCUGCACUCCCAGGCAACGGGGGCAAAUCCUGCGGAGGAGCGCGCAGCUAGAACGAAGAACGAUGUCUAUGAUUGGAUAUCGAGUCUAUUCGUGGACUACGACAGCGACGAGUCGGAAGAGUAUUUAAUUUGUCGCAACUGCACGGUUAUUGUGGGCCAGGCGAACAACAUGAGUGCUACCAGUCCGCCAGCAACAGUUGCACCUACUCCGAGUGCUCCAACUGCUGCCCCAACGGCGAAUCCUGCCGCAACUACACCAGCUGCGGUGGUUCCUCCUGCUGCUACAACUGCUGUCGCUCCGCCUGCCCCCGGUGCUCGUUAACUAACGUCGCUCAGGCAGUUUAAUUAAUUUAAGUUUCAAUUUGCUUAAAGGGAUUUGGUUAUACGAAUAGAAUAUGUCCGACAUUUCUUGGA